AUGUUUGAUGAAGAUAGUCUUGGUUCUCGGACAGAUAGUUUGAAUCAUCGUUUCGUAGAAUCUUCCUGGCGACAGUAUAUACCUGGUGAUGCGAAUGAUGUUAAAGACAUCACUUUUGAUGCAGUAUGGUCUUUAUCAAGUUGUAAAGAUGGAUUUGGUAUUAAUCAAUUAUUAGAUGAUCAGACAGAUUUAUUUUGGCAAAGUGAUGGUCAACAACCUCACCGUGUAACUAUUGAAUUUCAAAAAUCAACUGAAAUAUCAUUUUUAAUGUUUUACCUUGACUUUAAAACAGAUGAAUCAUAUACACCAUCAAAAAUAAUUAUUCAAGCUGGUUCUAAUGCUCAAGAUAUGGAUGAUACUUUGGCUUUAAAUUAUAAUGAACCAAUAGGAUGGCAAGUUGUUGAUCUCAGAGAUAAAAAAACAAAAAGGCCGUUAAAAGCUUAUGUUCUUACAAUUCAGGUACAACAUAAUCAUCAGAAUGGUCGUGAUACACAUAUUAGAUCUAUAAGAGUCAUUGGAAAUGGAAAUUCAAACUCAACGUUAGAUACACUAUCUCGAAUUUCAAAUAUUAAGUAUAGUGUUAAGGGUUCCAAUUCAAUAACGCGUAUGAUGGCUAUCCGUUAA